AUGGGAUAGAUAAAUAAUAGCACUAUUCUAAAAUAAGAAGCAAUAAAUUUAUCAUAGAAAAGUUCAAAACGUAGAGUUAUUUAUGAUGCUUAUGAGAUAAAUUAAUGUUUGUUAAUAUCAUCUAUGAUUGAUUGCUUGUCAUAUGAUUUAAGUAGUGCAAGUUAUAAAAUAUCAAAUAUGACUAUAAAUCCCUUAAUAUAUGAUCCAGUAACUUUUGAUUUAUUAAAGAAAGAAGAUGAAAUGCAAAUGUAAUCAAAAAUAAUAUAUAAAUAUGAAGUAAUGAGACCUUAAUUGAAACAAACAAAAUAUAAAGCUGUAACAACUUAAACAGAAUUAAAAUAACAUAAUGAAAUCUAUGAGUAUUCAUCUGAUAGAAAAUAAUAACUUAAUAAUCAUAGUUUUGGCUCUGAUAUUAUACAUAAUAAUUAGUUUGAUUAUCAUAGUAGAUCAUAAACUGACGAAAAACCAAAUAAAAGAUUUAAACAAUAAUAAUAAGAGAUAUUUUUUCAAGAAGAAAAAAAUAAAAAUAACAUCAAAUACUAACAACCAAAUUCUAUGGAAAAGACAAAUAUUUUUAAAUUAGAGUAUGAAGAAACUGAAAAUUUUUCUAAUGAUGAGAUAGAAAAUCCAAGUAUUUUAUCAAUCAGUUAAAAUUUCGCAAAUUUAAAAAAUCAUCCUUUUCCUAAUGAUGAAAAAUCAUAUAUUUAAAAUGAAAGAUAUUGGUCUUCUAGCUAUUCAUCAACAUUUAUCGAUGCACCAAUAAAUGUUGGAUCUAAAUCCUAAACUCAAAAAAAUUUAUCAUAGAACCAAUAAUAAUUAUUUAAUAAUCUUGAUUCAAAAGCAUAAUAAAAAGCAUAAAAUUUUUAAGAUGGAAAUUAACAUUUAACCUAGUAAUAAUCAUUUGGAUAAUUGAAAAAUUAAGCUCUAUAACUGUAAAAAUCAAAAAAUUAAUAAUUUCAAAACUAAGAUAAAAUAAAUUUGUAGUAAUAAUAAUAAUAAUAUUCUCAAUAAUCUUAAUAAUAAAAUUAAAAAUAAUUAUAAACAUAAUAAUAAAUAUAAUAACAAUAUUUAUACUAAUAGUAAUAAAAAUAAUUAUAAUAGCAGAAUCAAGAAAGGUUGUCUUAGGAUUCUUAAAAUAAUAAAAAAUUAAUUUAAAAUUAAAUAUUUGAUUAUCCAAUUUAAAACAAAGUUUAGAUUGAGUCGAGUCCUUAUUAAGGAUAUACAUAGAUUCAUUCAAAUAAAAAAAAAAAUUAAUAAUCUAAUUAAUUUGGAAGUGUUCCUAUGAAAAAUUUAUCUCAAUAACAAAAAUAGAGAAAUCCUUAUCUUUUAACCUAAUAAUUCCAUAAAUCACCAAAAUAAUAAAGANUGUAACAACUUAAACAGAAUUAAAAUAACAUAAUGAAAUCUAUGAGUAUUCAUCUGAUAGAAAAUAAUAACUUAAUAAUCAUAGUUUUGGCUCUGAUAUUAUACAUAAUAAUUAGUUUGAUUAUCAUAGUAGAUCAUAAACUGACGAAAAACCAAAUAAAAGAUUUAAACAAUAAUAAUAAGAGAUAUUUUUUCAAGAAGAAAAAAAUAAAAAUAACAUCAAAUACUAACAACCAAAUUCUAUGGAAAAGACAAAUAUUUUUAAAUUAGAGUAUGAAGAAACUGAAAAUUUUUCUAAUGAUGAGAUAGAAAAUCCAAGUAUUUUAUCAAUCAGUUAAAAUUUCGCAAAUUUAAAAAAUCAUCCUUUUCCUAAUGAUGAAAAAUCAUAUAUUUAAAAUGAAAGAUAUUGGUCUUCUAGCUAUUCAUCAACAUUUAUCGAUGCACCAAUAAAUGUUGGAUCUAAAUCCUAAACUCAAAAAAAUUUAUCAUAGAACCAAUAAUAAUUAUUUAAUAAUCUUGAUUCAAAAGCAUAAUAAAAAGCAUAAAAUUUUUAAGAUGGAAAUUAACAUUUAACCUAGUAAUAAUCAUUUGGAUAAUUGAAAAAUUAAGCUCUAUAACUGUAAAAAUCAAAAAAUUAAUAAUUUCAAAACUAAGAUAAAAUAAAUUUGUAGUAAUAAUAAUAAUAAUAUUCUCAAUAAUCUUAAUAAUAAAAUUAAAAAUAAUUAUAAACAUAAUAAUAAAUAUAAUAACAAUAUUUAUACUAAUAGUAAUAAAAAUAAUUAUAAUAGCAGAAUCAAGAAAGGUUGUCUUAGGAUUCUUAAAAUAAUAAAAAAUUAAUUUAAAAUUAAAUAUUUGAUUAUCCAAUUUAAAACAAAGUUUAGAUUGAGUCGAGUCCUUAUUAAGGAUAUACAUAGAUUCAUUCAAAUAAAAAAAAAAAUUAAUAAUCUAAUUAAUUUGGAAGUGUUCCUAUGAAAAAUUUAUCUCAAUAACAAAAAUAGAGAAAUCCUUAUCUUUUAACCUAAUAAUUCCAUAAAUCACCAAAAUAAUAAAGAUAGUAAUAAAGGGGAUCACCUUAAGCAUUAAAUUAAUAGUCAAUUUAAUCUAGUUAAGGAUAAUAACAAGAAUCUAUGCGUUAAUAGUUUGAUAGAUUACUUAGAAAAAGCGAAAAUUCAACUAUUAAACCAAAAAAUACAAAAAAUUAUACUGAAAAAGAAAUUAAUUAGUAAGGGGAAUGUCAAAAUAAAAAAUAAAAUAGCCCUGAUUAUUAUUAGAAACUGAAGCAAAAUCAUUUAAAAAGAAGUUAAUCUCCUGUUUCUCUUUAAAAUUAAUAAUAAAAUUUGAUGAUAAAAAAAUAACAAAAUAAAGAUAAAAAAUUAGAAUUUACAAAUUUGAAUAGUUCUCCGGAUAAAUAAAUUUAAACACUUUAAGAUGCUCGAUAAAAUCAAUAAUAACAAAGGAAUUAAAAUAAGCAAAUACAUAAUUUACAUUUAGAAGAACUUAAUUAUAAAAUAUAGGACAUUCAAAAAUUGAAUUUAAAAUUAGAUGAUAAAAAUAACAAACUAAUUGGUUCAAUAAAAUAAGAUGUUUCAAAUAUAUAAAAUGCAAUAACUUAGAAUAUAUCUUAAUCAGAUAGAGGAUUAAGAAAAAAAGAAACAUUAGAAAAUGGAAUAAAUUUAGAUGAUUUAUAAGACUAUGAGGAAAAUUCAAUCAAUUUAGAAGAAUUAGUUAGUUAUAGAGGUAGUUAAGAGUAAAAAAUAUCAGAAAAUUAAAAUAAAUACCAAUAUUUUUGA